UUUACACGUUUUGGUUACGCACACUAUUAAGACGCCCUACUUGUGUUUGACUCUCUCACAGUUAUGAUUGUGCUUAUUCUGUUCAGGACAGAAAUUCAAUUUUUCUAGUUAUCAUCGCUGAAUGAUUAUGUAGAUCAUAUCUGAGUGUCUAAGCUGAUGCAUGUGUCAUCAGAGGUGCCAUUGCAACCUUAACGGACGCGCGCGCACUCCCCGCACACUCCAGUGUCACGUCACCAUGAGCGCGCGCUGCUGAACGCGCAGUUGGUCAGAGGCUCUCCGGGUUGCUCUUAGCUUACUCCCGGGAUCUGAGAACACAAUGGUGAACUCCAGCAGUGAUCCUGCCACUGCGGCGAUUCUAAACUUCCCGGAGAAUGCCAUGAACGCGUCCAAGAUCCCGGACGUUGCUUUGGCGAGUUGGAGCGCGUCGGAGGAGCUGGCGUUACCUGCGCACUCGGUCGUGGCGUUCUGGGACUCGCCGCUGAGCCACGGCAUGAACGUGUUCGUGGGCUUCAUCCUGUGCUUCACCAUGCUCGGGCUCGGUUGCACGGUGGAGGUCAGUCAGAUGGGCGAGCACGUGCGCAGGCCGAUCGGGGUGCUGCUCGCGGCCAUCUGCCAGUUCGCCAUCAUGCCGCUUGUGGCUUUCCUGCUGGCGCUCGCCUUCUCUCUGGACGACGUGGCCGCCGUGGCGGUGCUGCUGUGCGGCUGCUGCCCGGGGGGCAACCUGUCGAAUCUCAUGACCCUGCUGAUCAACGGCGAGAUGAACCUCAGUGUUGUAAUGACCAUCUCCUCCACGGUGCUGGCGCUGCUCCUCAUGCCGCUGUGCUUGUGGCUGUACAGUCGCGCGUGGAUCGACACGCCGGUGGUGCAGCUGCUGCCGCUGGGCGCCGUCACUCUCACCGUGUGCAGUACACUCAUCCCCAUCGGACUCGGGGUCGCCCUCAGGUCCCGGUAUCCGCGCGCUGCUGACAUCGUGCUCAAGGUGUCUCUGUGGCUGAUGCUCAUCACCCUGGUGCUGCUGUUCAUCAUGACAGGUGUGAUGUUGGGGCCCGAGCUGCUUCAGACCAUCCCUCCUGCCGUGUACGUAGUGGCUGUGCUCAUGCCCAUGGCAGGAUACGCAGCAGGCUAUGGGCUGGCCAUGGUCUUCUCUCUACCACCCAACAGCUGCCGGACCGUAUCACUAGAGACGGGCUGCCAGAACGUCCAGCUCUGCACGGCCAUCCUGAAGCUGACUUUCCCUCCACAGCUCAUGGGGGCAAUGUACAUGUUCCCACUGCUCUACGCGCUCUUCCAGGCAGCCGAAGCCGCCGUCAUCAUCCUGGUGUACCGCGCCUACAGGUCCGAGGUGCUUCGCAAGCAGGACCUGAACGGAGAAGACGACGAUGACACCAACAUCACGUACAAGAGAAUGGAGGAGGAAGACGGGCCGUUUGACACGGCGUACGGUUCGGUUACCGUAAACAAUCCCAACUCCAUUGAGCUGGAGACUCAGGGAGGAAGAGGAAGCCCAACACCUCUGUAGAAAACACACAAAACAACGGGACAUCACUGUGAACAGAGGCUUGAACUGUGCAAUACAUUGUGACAUUCCAUGUUUUUAUGCCAAUCGCUCACUGCUGAAGUAUUAAAGCUGUAACGCAAAUUUCAUUUCUCAUUACUCAUUAGAAGAUUAGAAGAGAAAUACAGCGUUUAAGACCUCUGAAGCCUUUCAUCCAAAACCAGACCUGAUAAACUCAUCGCAUGUCUGAGAAACUCCUCUAUUCAGAAGAACUAGGGGAAAAGAUAUACAACUUAUGCCUUAAUCUUGGGCUAAAUAUGUAUUAUAUCUACAAUGAUCAUUCUUCAGUGACAAUCUGUACUUAGGUUUAGUUGGAGUUCCCUAAAUAACCCAUUUCUGUUCCUAAAUGCUCAUCAUAAUGACACUUAUAAAUAUUUUAACAUUUACAUAAUUCAGCUAUAGUAUUAUUAAAAUAAAGGCCUUACACUAAAUCUCAGAAAUAAAGUUGAGGAAGAACUUUUAUUCAGUGUUAGUGUGUAUGAACAAAGUGGGAAUCAGUCAAAUGACCACUAAGGUGUAUGGUCAGGACCACCACUACUUCUUUUAUUUAAAAGACAGAGUUGAUCUGACUUUAUAUGUUUACAGUAAAUGAGAUGAAGGAGUCAGGUAUAGAAGUAUACUGUUAAUAAAAGCAUCAUAAUGGCCAGCUCUA